AUGUUUGUACUUAAAACGAAAACGCCGACGGCGGUUGCUUGUUCGAAUUGUUUUCAAUUAUUUAAAAUUCUCAAAAGAAAUCAAUCGUCCGAGGUUCAACCUUGUUUUCAUCAAAAUCAUCAUUUAACAUCAUCCGAUCCGACUACUAAGUGUAACGUACCGAUUCCUACCAACAGCGAAAUAUACUGUCAUGGCAGACUUUUGCACACGAUACAAAUGGCUCAACUUUACAACGAUUCGAAAACGUUCGUCGAUAAAAAAUUAAAAUAUAAACCCGCCGUGACGUUGGAAAAAUUUAACGUUCUCAUGCAGGAAACGGAAGAUCGUCCAACGAGAAAACAACUACAAGAUUUUGUCAACGACUAUUUCGAAGAUGGUAACGAAUUAGAAGCUUGGACCCCACCCGAUUGGACUCCUCAUCCGCAAUUCGUAGAUAAUAUAAUUGAUCCUAAUUAUAGAAAAUGGGCUUUAGAUCUCAAUAACUUAUGGACUAAUUUAACGAGAAAAAUGAUAGUAGACGUAAAAAAUAAUCCGGAUCAAUAUUCGAUCGUUUACGUACCCAAUGGACUCGUCAUACCUGGGGGCCGUUUUACCGAAUUUUACUAUUGGGACACGUAUUGGAUAGUGAGGGGUCUUUUACUUAGCGAAAUGUACGAAACCGUUAGAGGUAUACUACUCAAUUUUCUAAGCAUGGUUAGUCAAUAUGGUUUCGUACCGAACGGAGGAAGGGUAUACUAUUUGGAAAGAUCUCAACCGCCGCUUUUGACACCCAUGGUUUUAAGUUAUUACGAAGCAACGAAUGACAUUGAUUUCCUUCAGAGUCACAUUUGCCUUUUAGAAAAAGAAUUUAAUUUUUGGGUCAAGAAUAGAACGGUGGAAGUUUACAAAGGGGGUAAAAAAUACAAAUUAGCAAGGUAUUUUGCACCUUCGAGUGGUCCCAGACCGGAAUCUUACAGCGAGGAUUACAACAGCGCAGCAUUUUUACCCACUCAGUUAGAAAAAGAAGAUCUUUACAUGGAUUUAAAAUCGGCAGCCGAAUCUGGUUGGGAUUUCAGCAGCAGGUGGUUCAUAACUAAUAAAACAAAUCAAGGUAACAUAAGUAGUAUUCACACCCGGUACAUAAUACCCGUGGAUUUGAACGCAUUCAUUUAUUGGAACGCAAAAAUACUCUCCCAGUUUUAUGAAAUCCUACAAAAUUAUGAAAAAUCCGUUCAGUAUUCCGAAAUAGCCGAGUAUUGGUUAGAAGCAGUCACGGCCGUGCUAUGGCAUUCCGAUUUAGGCAUUUGGUUAGACUACGAUAUAAGAAACAACAUUAGAAGGGAUUAUUUUUAUCCAUCGAAUUUAGCACCCUUGUGGACGGAAUGCUAUGAUAAAAAAUCUGUAAAUAAAGUCGCACGUUCGGUUAUACAAUAUUUAGACGAUUCAAACAUUAUGGUUAAUUUCUUAGGUGGAUUACCGGCAUCUUUGGAAAUGACCGGACAACAGUGGGAUCGUCCGAACGCUUGGCCUCCGUUACAAAUCAUAGCCAUACAGGGUUUGAAUAGAAUGAACGUUCCGGAAGCGAGCGACAUAGCCAAAGAAUUAGCUAAAAAUUGGGUUUAUUCAAAUUUCAAGGGAUUCCAUGACAGUAAUGAAAUGUUUGAAAAGUACGACGCUGAAAAUCCCGGCAGGUACGGGAGCGGAGGGGAAUACAUCGUACAGGCUGGAUUCGGUUGGACGAACGGAGUCAUUAUGGAACUUUUAAACACUUACGGAAAAGAAUUGCAAUGUUCGGACAAGGAUAUUUGCGAUUUAACGGAACCCAUAAAACAAAACGGACUCGAUAAAUGA